AUGGUGCCUGAGUACAGAAAACAUUUCACAUCAACAGAAAAACUUGUUGUUUGUAAGGCUGUAGAUAUAUACGGGAUCGAUAGCGAAGCAUCAAUAACAAGGUACAUUACAGCAAUGUAUUCGUAUAUCCAUCCCAAGAGGUGGAAACAAAUAUACAGGGAUGUGCUCGACACAUACAGGAUGCAUGGAUACACAUCCCCUGUUGAUUUUUGUGAAGAUCUAAGGUUCAAUGCUGCAAGAAGGGUUUAUGCAGAGAAAAACAGGCUCAGGUCAGCCAUUCUUGACGGUCAGUGUAUCGGAUGUGUUGAGACAUCUAUGGAACACGACUGGAAUAUAGGAGAUAUAAGUAAGCCAAAGGAAGAACCAAACAAAAGCACUUCAAUUCAGGAACUGGAUGAUAAACAGCUUUGCUCAACUGUGGAUCCGCAUAUAAUGAAGCAACACGUCUAUGCAAUGAACAAGCAGAGCACAAAAGACUGUAUAGAUGUCUUGAGAAGCCCGCAGAAAACAAACAAAUGUGAAAGCGUGCCAAACGAGAAGGAAAAGAAAAGGACAUACUAUGUAAUGUCUGAUGAGGAAAGAGAGUUUGAUGAUUUCAUGGACAAGCUUGAGGAGGGCGAAUACACCACUGCAAGCUCGUUUGAAAUUCCACCUAACAAACUAAAGGGAAAACACUCAGUAAUCAAAGGCAUCGCUGAUUCAGGCAUUGUAAAUACCAUUAAAGACAACAAAGAUUAA